UCAGGCUACCUGUUUCGGGGUGUGGCCACGAUGCUACCUAAACCUAGUGGGAAGAAGCUCUGUGUCUGCGCUGACGGAGUCCGCGCCGGAGACACGAUGAGUCGCGCUAUCUGCCUGGCUCUACUUAUUGUAGUUAACCUCCACAAAGCUGUCUUUGCCAUCCAAGUGAUUGUACCCCAGACUGAGCGCAGCACUGCUCUCUUUGCUUCCGUCACCUUGCGAUGUGAUUACUCCACCUCAGCCAAUCCAGCGGAUGUGUUGGUGAAAUGGCGAUACAAGUCUUUCUGCCAGGAUCCCGUGCUGGAAUAUCAUUCCACAGCGUACCAAGCUGCAUUGCAACUGGGUCAGGAUCCAUCUAAUGACUGUCCCGAUCGGCAGCGCACAGUUCGUGUUGUUGCUCAGAAAAGGGGCACCAAUGAGCCUACACUGGGUGCCGAAUAUCGCGAACGGAAGAUCUCCAUCCAGAACAAAGCUGAUCUGGUUAUCAAUGAGGUGAUGUGGUGGGACCAUGGGGUCUACUAUUGUUCCAUUGAUGCUGCGGGUGACACCAGCGGAGACUCAGACAAAGAGAUCAAACUUAUUGUUUAUCACUGGUUGACUGUGCUCUUCAUCGUCAUCGGGGCGCUGCUGCUCCUCAUCCUCUUGUGUGUCUGCUGCUGCCAGUGUUGCCCCCAGCGAUGCUGUUGCUACGUACGCUGCCCCUGUUGCCCUCAGCAGUGCUGCUGUCCAGAGAAAGCGGUGAUGCAGCACAGAAUGAUGAAGGAAGCCCAGAAGGCCAUGACGCCCUGGAUGAACGGCGGCCAGCCAGUCUACGCUCCCAUGAGCUCCCACAGCUCCUACCAGAUGAACCCCAUGCUGUACGCAGGUUCUAAUUCUGGAAAGAUGCCCAUGACGCCAAUGCAGCCCAUGCAGCCCAUGCCUCUUCCAGCGCCACAGCCCGUCAUGGCAGCCAGGGGUCCAGGGAACGGCAGCGUUGCUAUGGAGAGUGGCCACGGAACCAACCAUGUGCUGGACUACCUGGAGAGCCAGGUGCACCGGAUGGACGUGACCAGCCCUCUGUUGCAGCCACAGCCCAACAGCCACAUGCCCCCUCCGCCUCAGCACAUGCCCAAACACGUCCCUUUCUCCGCCGGUCCCCCGAGCAUGCUCUCCGCCCUGGACGACGGCCCUAUGAAUCGCCGCCCACCACCCGGCACAGACUACAGGCGCCGUGGCAGUUUCUCCAGCGUUGACCGGCUGGAUCGGCCUCAGUACGCCAUGAGCCGCAGCUACAGCCAAGAGGACAUGCUCAGCGAUCGGGGAAGAAGGGCCAGUCCCCACGACCGGGACGGGUAUCGCCCACGCUCCCGGUCCCGCGACGACCUCUUCGCUGCCGACCGGCGGCCGAGUCCUCACAGGCAGGACAGGAGAUACUCGCCCCCCAGUGCCCGGCACGACUCCUGGAGCGACCAGGACAACAGGAGGGGCGGCGGCGGGGCGAGAGGAGGGCCACCGCCCAGUUACAGGGAGUACGAACCAGGCCAAAAGCCCGGCAAGCGCCACCCCCCUUCGGACAAGAGUUCUCGCAGUGGCACCAGCAUAGUGAUCUGACAUCUCUCUCGACUCCCAGACAUUCUGAUUCAUGCAGAUACAAUUCAAUUAAGUGCAAAAUAGGUCAGCGUAUACAGUGGUUCCCAAACUUUUUCUGCCGGGACACCCUUUUUAGAAUAUUUUAGAGGGCCCCCCCUUAUUCCAAUCCCCAAACAUUAUUUGUCUGUAAAUAUUGCUAAAUUCCAAUUGGGUAUUCACAGGAAAAGGUAAUAAAACAUGUAUUGCCCUUAUAAGUGAGUACUGUUACUAAUUUACAGUUAUGUUAACUUUUAACCUGUGUAUUCCCCCCACUUUUAUGUAUAUAUUAAUAAAAAAGUCCAUUCUGUCUGUGACUCCCCUGCACUAUCUCCAGGGGUCCCGACCCCCAGUUUGGGAACCACUGGCAUCUUGUAUCUCCCUGUUGUGCCUUUUGAUUUUAUGAAGGUUAUUUUGUGUUUUUAAAGCAUUUGGUUAAUAUCUUGCCAUUUUGGGAAAUCCCUAUCCCUUGUAUGUACUCGUGACCUGUAAAUAGCAAUGAUUGAUUUUCUAUUCUAUUUUUAAAUUUUAACUGGACAUGACAUGUUUUUAUUUUCCACUGUGUGACUGGCGGUGAUUGGGUUACUACUUACAGAUGGACAGAUUUAAUAAAAAGGAGAAAAAACUA